AUGAUUCCCAAUUACACAUGUAGAAGGCAGAAGAAGGCUGCUGCUUUACUGACAGGGAUAUCAUGGGCAACAUCUGCACAUAUUGGGAGACUGCUGAAUCUCUACAAAUAUCCACAGCUUCCUCACUCUGUGUGCAGUGAGAGCUGUUUUCCUGGAUUCAGAAAAUCUUCCCAGGAAGGGAGGCCUGCCUGUUGCUAUGAUUGCACUCGAUGACCAGAUAAUGCGAUUUCCAAUGUCACAGCUGUUGUUCUUGGUGUCUUGGUGAAGUACCACCACACUCCCAUCGUCAAGGCCAACAAUCGGUCUCUCACUUACAUCCUGCUCAUCACUCUGACCUUCUGUUUUCUCUGCCCCUUGCUCUUCAUUGGCCGUCCCAACACAGCCACCUGUGUCCUGCAGCAGAGCACAUUUGCAGUUCUGUUCACAGUGGCUUUCUCCACAGUCUUGGCCAAAACUAUAACUGUGGUUCUGGCUUUCCAGAUCACAAUCCCAGGGAGACUGAUAAGGUGGAUAAUGAUAUCAAGGGCUCCUAACUUCAUCAUUCCCAUCUGUACCCUUAUCCAACUUGUGCUCUGUGGAAUUUGGCUAAGCGCCUCUCCUCCCUUUGUUGACUCAGAUGCUCACACUGAACAUGGACACAUAAUUAUUAUAUGCAACAAGGGCUCCACUAUUGCCUUCCACUCUGGUCUGGGAUACCUCUGCUCCCUGGCACUUGGUAGCUACACCAUGGCUUACCUGUCCAGGAACCUGCCUGACACAUUCAAUGAAGCCAAAUUCUUCUCUUUCAGCAUGUUGGUUUAUUUCAGUGUUUGGGUCACUUUCCUUCCUGUCUACCACAGCACCAAGGGGAAACUUGUGAUGGCCAUGGAAGUCUUUUCCAUCCUGGCUUCCAGUGCAGGCCUCCUAGGUUGCAUCUUUGUCUCCAAGUGCUAUAUUAUUUUGUUUAGACCACAUAGGGAUGUGCUUAAGUAUGUCAAGAACCAAAGCACACUCUAG